AGCUCCCAACUAAUAUCUUACACAUACAAAUGGGCGAUUCAUAGCCGUAUACCGGCGAUGGCUGCGUUAUCUUGGAUAACUACGCCUACACAUCGGCAACAACAUGCCAAAGUAGUUAUACACCUGAAGGCCAAACAACCACUUACCAAGGCGGGAUCCAUGACACCUUAAUCGCACGCCAUAUGUGCAAAUGCUGCGCUGUGGUACCAUCACAGCACGUAAAUGUCUCCAGGAAGCAAUACACGAUGCUGAUGUUUGUCUUCUUUUACAUGUGCAUAUUUGCAACGAGUGAAGUGGUCUCCUUACAUCCUACGGCCGUGGUACAUUUAAAAGUCGAUGCUGUAAACGCAAAGACAGUUCCCGUAUAUCGUAAACGCUCUGUGAAAUGGCAGAAUCCUACAUGUGCGGAAUCACCGUGUUAUGGACAACGUCUCUUGACGUUUAUUCGCCCAAAGACACUGAUACGGGCUCCGCAACAGGUAGAACAUGCUUCUAGGUAUGAAACUGCACCAUUAUAUUCUAGCAGUGGCAUUCGGAGCUAUGCCAGAUGUGAUCUCCAGGGUAGCCCGACCGCUUUGGCAGCAACAGGCAACACUCUUGCAGUAGCCUCCGUAGCAUCGCAAAUCAACUAUCUGCGCGAUUGGGUGUCUGCCAAGAGUAAUGCCGUUUCACGCGCAUUGCAAAAUGCGCGCAAGACUGUACCCAAACCGGGUAUAUACCUAUAUCGCACCUGCAAUGACAUCAUGGUAAAGACUGAACGUUACUGCAGGACACUGGUCACGAAGCUACAUGGACUCUAUCUCAAGGCAGUUACACUUAAACUCAAGGAUCUUAUAAGCUUUGGGAAGGACCCAGUGCUAAAUAUAGUAAGGGUGGUAGCCAUGGUCUAUGCGCUUGACUGGUGGACCGGUUUGACCAAUAUCAAAUACAACUUUGAUCUCAGCCCUUUUGACGUAUUCAUGAAGGGGCAAUAUUACCGCCUGUUUACAUCAUUAUUCCUCCACAAUGGAGUUGUGCACCUACUGCAAAAUAUAAGGUCACUAUGGGCCAUAGGCUACGAGGCUGCAGAUCUACUGGGACCCAGGCGCAUGCUAACAAUCUAUCUCGUAUCUGGCUUGGUGGCGAACUACAUCAGCUACGUGUACUACUUUGCGUACAAAAAUGCAGUACCAGCACACGUCUUCAAUGCCACGCAGGUGGCUGUCAAAGGAUUGGGGCAGAUGGGCAUGUCCACUCAUCACCUAGUGGAGAAGGUAGUUGACCGUAUUCGUGCCAAGCAGGGUGCACUGUCCCUACCUUUGUUCAUGGCAUCAUACCUCAACGAUACUAUCUUCCACACAGUGGAUACAUAUCUAGCGCCAUUAAUACCAAUGCUAAACCGCAGGCAGGCAUUGCCUGACUGUCGUGAUGUCAACUGCGCAGUGCAGCAGUACAUCAAAAGAAAGUGCUCGCGUUACAGGGCCUGUGGCGCAUCCGCAGCGAUUUAUGGACUCAUGGGAGCUGUAUGCGCAUAUUACGCGCGAUUCGGGUCAGCAAGUGACAGAAGAAGGGUAACGGAGAUCAUCACCAGCGCCAUAGGGCAAAAUAUAGUAGCGCUAUUCGGAGCCAAAGUAGAUCACGUGUCGCACCUCGCAGGGUUCCUUACAGGAAUGUGCCUCACCAUGGCUUUUUAGCACAUAAAAGAGUAAUUGUGCUUAGCCGUAUGUAUUGGUAUUGUAACAGAUUAUUAAAUAUCACA